UUUGGACCCUUCUCACCAUCGCGAUCCCUGUUCAACAGUCGGGAAUUGGACGAGCUCUAGCUCUAACAGUCCAGGGGAGCCGAUGUCUCUGUCUCACCAUCAACAGAAUCCAUGGAAGAUGGCGCUCCCCCCGUCACUUCCAGUGCCCACUCCAUUGUCAGAACGUGGGUUGCCUCGUUUGCUUCCCUCGCACCGUCUUGAGGUCCCUGAAGGACCAUCCACCUUGCUGGGAGUUGGUGGCUCUAGGUCGAGACAAGUUAAGCCCGGGCUGCGGCGUCUCUAUGAUAGCAAACCUUCCUUGGACUGGCUACGGGAGCCGGGAGUUAUCCCCUCAUAUUCACACGAAUCUAGUUCUUAUCACAUAUCGUCAGGGAUGGCGCGAUCUGACACUUCUGAAACGGCUUGUCCUACAUCGAGCUUGCCACCACUGUCUCCAGCUGUCUCGGCUUUGACCUACCCUUCACUGAAGCCAGACCAGCCGGACUCCCCUGAUAACGUUGAUGAUAAGCCUUACUCCAAACUCAUCGAAAUGGCUCUCAAGACAAAUCCCGAAAAGAAGCUGUCACUUCAGGGGAUAUACAACUGGUUUGAGCAAAAUACUGCGAAAGGGAGAGACCAUAGCUCGAAAGGCUGGCAAAACAGUGUCCGACACAACCUGUCCAUGAAUGCGGGCUUCGAGGCUGUCCGGGAAGAACCGAUACCUGGGAAGAAAGCCGUGAAUUACUGGCGCCUAACGAAUGAAGCCAUCCAGAAUGGCGUCCAAUCCACAACCCGGUACAGGAAGCAAGCGAGUUACAGGAAGGCCUUGAGCUCGGAUCCGCCGGCUCCCCAACGUCAACGGUCCGGGGCCAAGGGGGGUAAGGCUACGAAAAUCAAAGCUAGGUUUCGUGGACGUAUGAGUGAGGACGAUUUGCAAAGAGAAAGAUGUCGGCAACAGGUGACAUCACAACGGCGACCGCAAAAGAAUGUCUAUGCCCAAUACUGUACCACGGCCACGGCACUGACGGGGAUUACAGUAGUGUCACCCUUCCAAGUAUCAGGACCGACCACGCCGGGGACUCGCUUAUCGACCGAGCCAUUUGAUUUGGGGAGCGUUGUUGGCUGCGCAGAUCCUUCUCCAUGCGCUCCCCUUUUUUGCGACAUGGCGGGAUCAGGGCCCGACUGUGUUGCGUUGGACUCUGGGUUUCUUGGAUGGGGAGCGAUCCAUUCGUUUCCCACUGGGUUGCUGGCUGGUUCCGGAAUGUCCGCAGAUCUUCAAAUGGGGGUAUAGCAUAGGCUCGGUGCACUUCGGAGUAGAUACUAGAGGGUUUCUGGCUGACUUGCAUGCUGGAUGUAUUAUUGUAGCGGAUUGAUAGCCUGUCU